CCAGCCGCAGCGUACAGGGGCGAGCGGGAGCGAGUGUUGUGGUCUCAAGUCUACCGGCAUCCGACGAAGACAUUCUGUCUGGAGCAACAUAGAUAGCGAUAGUCAGCUAGCAGCAGCCAGAUUGAUAGCUUACUUCACGUCAGUCACAGAAUCGUCAGUCAUUAUAGACUAAUUUCUUGGUGAAGAUUUUCCAGCCUUGAGCAGUGGAAACUUCAAGCCAAUCGUAGACUCGUCAGUCGUAGAUUUUGUCGGUGAAGAUUUUCCAGCCAGGAGCAGUGGAAACUUCAAGCCAGUCACAGACUCCCGAAGUCGUAGAUUUUGUCGGUGAAGUUGAAGAUUUUCCAGCCAAGAGCAGUACAAAUUGAGCAACUGCGCGAUAAUAUAGUAAUCGUAAUUCGUUGGUGAAUGAUUCAAUCUCAGUGACUAUCGGAGACAGAUUCUGAUAUUAUUCGUGCCGAUCUUGACUUGCCUGUAGCUUCUUCCCGUCGAGAUUCCAUCGAGAAUUUGUUGUAGACGUCCCACAAGUUGUAAAGUUGUCCACAGCCAUACAUUAUGAAGGUUCAAACAAUCCUGGUGCACAUUGCUGUGCUGUGCUUUCUGUUGUGUCUCAGCGUAGAUCGGGUGUCGGGCCAGGAGAAGAAGCUCGUGUGUUACUUCCCCAACUGGACCCAGUACCGGCCGGCUCCCGGCACGUUCAAGGUCAAGGACAUUGACCCCUUCCUGUGCACUCACCUGGUCUUCGCCUUCUCCAAGGUCGUCAACAACUUCCUGCGGGGUUACGAGUACAACGACGACACCUCGAGUUCCGCACUGCGGUACAAGAAGAAGCUUCCAGAACGGGCCGACCUCCCCUGCUGUUGGCGGCAGCAGUCGCCGCUGGCAUCACAAGAGCGGAGAAAGCUUAUGACGUACCGGCGCUCAACCAGUACCUGGACUUUGUGAGCAUCAUGACGUACGACUACCACGGGACCUGGGAGAAGGUCACCGGACUUGCCUCCCCUCUCGCCGCGCCGGCCGGGGAUGACCUUAAUGUGGAAUCCACAGUCCAGUGGUACAUGGGCCAGGGCCUGACCCCCCAGAAACUGGUCAUGGGCCUUCCCGCCUUCGGCCGCUCCUGGACACUGGCCAGUGUGAGCGACACGUCAGUUGGAGCCCCGGCACCCACACCUGGGACCAAGGGAAGGUUUACUGGGGAGCCGGGGAUGUUGUCUUAUUACGAGAUCUGCGAGUACUUGUACAGAGGAAUGACUCAAACACUUCAGUUGGACCCCUUGGGCCAAGUGGCUUAUGGCAACCUGGGGAACCAGUGGGUCACCUUUGAGAACAUCAGCACCCUCAACACCAAGUUUCACAACACCUAUCGUAACCAGUGCUCCCAUUACGGCUGCACCAACCACCGCUGCCCCCACCACGAGGGUUCCCACCACACCCCCACCAACCACGCCCCCACCACCACCACCAACAACUACGAGACGGACAACGAGACGGACUACGGCAGCGCCAACAACAGUCAGGACUCCAGCCACCAGCCCAGGGCGGGCCGGGUCACCUGAUGCACCGUUCGAAUGUCCCGACGACAAGGGUGGCUAUGGCUACUACCCUCACCCCACCAAAUGCAACAUUUACUUCACCUGCUACGCCUUUUUGCCUAUUGAAGUCUCGUGUCCUUUUGACUGGAACUUCAACCCCAGAGCACAGCACUGUGAAAAAGACUACUCGUGUGGAGCUUAAUAUUAUUAACUUGGUUCUUGUUCCGAGCUAUUGUGUUUUGGUUCCUCUCAAAGUUUACGUCAUCGAUGUGUUUGAUAAAAACACGAACUGAAUUAAUUAAUUUUUUUCUGAUCAUAGAAACCUGCGUCACUCCCUGGUAAAAAUCCCAACCAACCAAACAAACAAACAAACAAACAAACAAACAGACAAAAACAUAAAAUGUGAGAACUUUCAUACCUCUAGUAUUUUUAGAGAGCUUUUAAAAAAAUAAGCGUAUUAGUCACAAGUAAAAUAUUGAAGACUAUUGCUUUUCUUUCACGUGGUCAUAAUAAUUAUAGAGUACUGUCGAUAUUUCCCUUGUAUGACUUAUACAUAUUAUGUCAUAAGAACAUGCCUACAGCUGUUUCUGUAAAAAUGGCAGUGAUGGACACAAUGAAAGAUGCCAAACAGUAGAUCAAAACAGACAAAGGCAAGACUGUGGGUGGUAGGCCGGUGCUCUGUUGUGGUUUGUUUCUUCUUUCCUAUCAAACAUCUAUCGUCCUUAUCUCCCCUUCAUCUUUUUUAUGUUUGUUACUCUCUUGUAACAGCUCUAAUCUUCUGGCGCUCAUAUGACCUUAUGCAGUUGCGAGCGUCGUAAAACCUCUACUAAACUAACUAAAAAGCAAGACCUGAAAAAUGUGCCUGAUGCCAUUCUUUCACUGUAUUCUUCAACUUCUAACGCUAUCGCUUGGCUUCUGUUUCUUAUCAUCUGUAACAUUGGUGAGAGAGAAGAACCAUUUACAUAAUAGGUCAUUGUACAGUUUUGUUAGAAUUUUUUUUUAAACCUAUAAAAAUGCACUUUAAGCUUAUUGGUUGUUUUUCAAAAAGCAUUACUUGGAUUGCAUUGUCAAUUGUGUUAUAGACAAUUAUGUCAGUGUUAUGCCAAAAAUAAAUACGGCUGAAUAAUGA